GGCGCUCUGGCCUUCCUCGCUGGAUCCUGGCCGCCUGCCUCUUCCUCUCCAUCAUGGUGAUGCUGUGGCUGAGCUGUGCCAGUUUGGUGACUGCCCCCGAGCAGCAUGUCAAGACCCAGCCUCUGAGCAUCAACGGGGACAAGGAAUACCUGGAGGAUCUGGACGGCUCCAGCACCUUCCCCCUGCCACCUGUCAUCGCCGUCACCCUGUGCCCCGCACACAGUGGCGAGGACGCGGGGCCGCUGCCCCUCAAAGUCGACCUGGACAAGACCGUCCUGUAGCGCUCCCACCCCUUCCCGUCACCUCCACGCCACGUCCCCAUCACCGUCCCCACGGCAUCAUCCCCCAUCCCACCCCCACCCCGCUGCCCAUCCCCAGCUCCUGGAGGGGCACCUCUGGGUCUGGCACGGGGGGGACCGGGGGUACGAUCUGCCUCGGUCCCGCUCUCCUCCCCAGGGAUGGCCACUGCGGAGGAGGCUCCCGGGAGCCGGGCAGUGGCUUUGCUUCCUCCAUAGAUGUGCUGUUUGCUGGGAUCCUGGUUUCCAGCGCUUGAGAGCCAAGAGAGGAGCUGCCAGAGCGGGGAGGCUGGGGGGAGCCCGUCCUGGUGGGUUGUCUCCUCCCGACCGGAGCCCCCGGGGCCCCGCAGCCCUCCGGGCAUGGGUCCAGCGCUGGGCAGGAGGGAGCCGGCUGCGGUGGGGGAUGGAGAGUGUCUGCAGCGUUCUGGGCUUUGGCUCGGCACAUCCCCGGCCUCCCACCUUGGGCUGAGCCUCCAAGGCGCCGUCUCCGGCCCUGGGAACUCCCUUCCGCCGGCCGGAGCCGAUUGCCUUGGGGAGCCGAAACGUGGCGAAUGGAUUUGGCGUUGGCAGCCGGAGAGAGGAGCGGAUCUUGCCGCCUCCGUGCCCACGCGAGGACCCAGCCGGCCCCUUCCCGGAGCUGCGGAGGGGCCCUGGGGUGGCUCCUUCCCCUCCCUGCUCCGUGAUGCCUUUGGGGUGGCUGGUCCCGAUGCCGACGGGUUGCUGGUGGGACUGGGCAGGGGACAAGGUGGCGUUUCCCUGCCUUGUGCUGCUGCGGCGCCUCCGAGCUCGGGCAGGAGGUGGGAGCUGCCGGGACGCCCCCGUCCUGGGCUCAGCAUCCCUUGUCCGAUGCCAGGACCGGCUCUGCCUGCGGAGCUGUAGCUGAUGGCAGGACCUAGCAGGUCCCAGCCUUCGUGUCCCCGUGCUCACAGCACUGCCCUGGAAGCAGGGGGGGGGCAUCCCUGGGGUCUCCCAGCCAAGCGGGGACCCCCUCAGCUUGCCCCAGCACUGCCCCUCAGUGUGGAGGGGUCCCCUCCCUCCCCCUGCUCCACAGGG